AUGACGGGAUCGCUCAUGACUGGGCUCUGGCCGGUUCGCACGACCCUGGGAGAUCCGGCGGUGGUGGGCUUGGGGCGCCGUCCAACCGUUGCUGGGUUGCUGCAGCAGGCGGGAUACCGGACGGCGAGCUUUGGCAAGUGGAACAUCGGCUCCGACACUGUCAGCCCCAUGGGAAAAGAUCUGUACCCGCCCGCCGGUACGUACGGCUUCGAGACGAUUCAGGGGUCAGGAAAGCCGCUGCAGCUCCCUUGUGCGUCGCUCCGCAGCAGCAGUGCGUGCCGCCUCGAACCGCGUCGCUGCGCGUGGAACGGGUCGAAGAACAACGCCACGUGCGGCGACGCCACCCAGCCUGCGCCGCAGGCUGGAAGAGCUCUUAGCGAGGCGCAUCAGACGUGGUGGGGCCGAGACGACGCGUUCUUUACGGCAGCGAUCGCACCGGUCCCGCGGCGGUGGUCGUGGCUGGCGAAGCGGCUGCUGCCACAGCUCAAGGGCCUCGACGAGACGCGGCCGGGGAUGCAGGAGAAGAUCCGCCGGCACCGCAAGGAGUGCUUCGGCUGGUCGAUGUUGGGGCGGCGCACGGAGCGGGCGAAUGGGACGGGCUCCCCUGAGAGACGGCACGGUGCGGGGCAAAUUGCGGGGCACGGGCGAGAGCACUCCAUACCCUGCUCCGCCGCCGUCGAGAAGGGCAAGUCGGAGGGGCUGGUCGAGGAGGGGCUCGCGGCGUACUUGGGCGAGCUCUAUGGCAUGGACCGAGGGAUGGGCCGGCUCUUCGCCGCGCUCGACGCGCUCAAACGCACCAACGACACAGUCACGCUCUUUACGAGCGAUCACGGUCCGGAGAAGAAGCUCGCGGGGGAGAUGGGGUACACGGGCCUCGCGCGGGGCUACAAGACCAGCACACUUGAAGGCGGCAUCCGGCUGCCGUAUGUGCUGCGCUGGCCGAACGGGGGCGUACCACCCGGCCGGGUCGACGGGGCGUCGGUCAUCUCCAACGUGGACUGGCUGCCGACCGUGCUGCGCCUCGCAAAGGUUGCGGCGUCGGGGCGCCGCUGGGGCGGGGACGGAGUGGACGUGCUGCCGCACUGGCUCGGACGCACCGGUGCGCUGCCGCACCGGAAGCCUCUCUUCUGGUCGAGUACGAGUUGGCGAAAGAUGGUCGUGCGCGUCGGCCCGUGGAAGCUGACCGGCGUCGAGCGGGAGCGGCCGGCGUGCAACAGCAGCGGCAUAGCCGGGUUGCCGCUGCGGCUCUUCACCGCCGCGGAGCUGAACGAGCUGAAGCUCCUCAAUGGCACGAGCUGCACGCGCCUCGGCCUGGCGAGCCUCUACCACAUAGACCGCGACCCGGCCGAGGAGCGCAACCUACUGGAGAUGCUUAUCGCCCCCCCGCCGGCUGCGGAUGCCCGCCUGGCAGAGCAUGUGGCGUCGGCCGCGCGCCGCUGCGUGCGGCUGGUCUCCACAGAGUACCGCCCGCUGCUCAAGCUGGAGGGUGCUUAUAGCCCCUUUGGUUCGGUAAAGCGCAUGCUAUGA